AUGUUGUACUCAUCUUUAUUCCUUUUGGCUGUACAGUCAGGCCUCACUGUCAAAGGAGCCAAGGCUAGCUCAUCCCCGUCUCACGAGAAACGAGCCCUCGACACUUCUGCAAUUGCAACAAAGUAUUUCGGAAAUGAUGCACCCUGGUACAAGGACAGAAUUGCAUAUUUUGAAUGCAGUGAUUCUCAAAUUACCGAUGUAUACUACUACCGCUGGAAGAUCUUCAGAGCCCACCAACGUGAUCUGGGUGCCAAAGGCUAUAUUUCUACCGAAUUCUUGGAUGAUGUCAGUUGGCAGCUCGAGCCGUGGGCAUCCUUGAACGACGCUACUGGAUUCCACGUUGCUGAGGGUAGAUGGAAUAGAGACCGCCGCUUCAAGGAUGACUACCUCACUCACAUGUUGACUGGUGGUGACGACCGUCAUUUCACAGACUACAUCCAAGACUCUGUCUGGGGUAGCUAUCUGGUGGACAACGAUGUGCCUAGCGCGACAAAGUAUCUGGAUCAAAUGAAGACUCUGUACAACCAAUGGGUCGACCACUUUGAUUCGUCUAAAGGUCUAUACUGGGUCGAGCCAUUGCUUGAUGCAACUGAGUAUACCAUCUCCUCGAUCGAUGCUUCUGGUGGCAAGGAUGGCUUUACUGGGGGAGAUGCCUUCCGCCCCUCGGUGAACUCUUACAUGUACGCCAAUGCGCGUGCUCUGGCUAAGUUGGCUGGUCUGGUCGGCCAGACGAGUGUCACCACCGACUACAACUCUCGUGCUGCAGCAAUCAAGAGCAACGUUCAGAAAAGCCUGUGGAACUCUACUUUGAGCCACUUCAUCGACAGGUACAAGGUCAGCAACGACUACGUCAAGUACUGGGAGCCGAUCCGCGGACGUGAGCUUGUCGGUAUCUUACCUUGGACCUUCGAUCUUCCCGACAACUCUUCCGAGUAUGCAUCCUCAUGGAAGCACCUUCUGAACCCCAACGAACUCGCCGGAGCCAAGGGGUUACGCACUGUUGAGCCCAGCUACCAGUACUACAUGAAGCAGUACCGUUACGAUGCUGCUUCUGGGCGCCGUGAGUGCCAAUGGAAUGGACCUGCUUGGCCUUUCCAGAUCACACAAGCACUUCUAGGCAUGUCCAAUUUGCUCGACCAUUAUUCUCAGAAUGUCGUCACCAACUCUGAUUACAUCAAGUUGCUCAAGCAGUACACACAAAUACACUACAACGGUGCAUCUCUCAAUCUGCAGGAAGACUACGACCCUGACAAUGGCGGUGCUAUUGUUGGUUUGGCCAGAUCACCACACUACUUCCACUCUGGCUACAUCGACCUCAUCAUGACAGGUCUGGUCGGUAUCCGUCCUCGAGCAGACGACUUCCUCGAAAUAAAUCCUCUGAUCACAAGCGACAUCAAAUACUUCAGAGCCGAAGAAGUACCCUACCACGGCACCAACAUUGUUGUGCAAUGGGACGCAGAUGGCAGCCGCUACAACCAAGGAGCCGGCCUCCGCGUCGAAAGAGACGGCGUAGUCAUCGCUACCUCACCAACACUCAAACGCCUGGUAAUUCCCUUCCAGAAGAAAGCAAUCAUAGGCAUCACUCGCCCGAUCGCAAAGAGCAUCCAACUCCAAACCACCACCACAUAUCCCUAUGGCAAUGCCUCCUCCGGCACAAACAUCGACAACGUCCACGACGCUAUCGACGGCCGCGUAUGGUUCUUCCCCGAACUCGCCAAUGGUUGGAAUUCAGACGUCAACUCUGCGACCACUCAAUGGUACACGGUGACGUUCGAAUCUGCGACCCAGAUCUCGAGGGCCGAGAUUGCAUUCUUUGAUAAUGGGAACGAUUUCAAAGCUCCUACUGCGUACUCGGUACAGGUGUUGAGUAAUGGGAAGUGGGUGGAUGUUGCUGGACAAAAGAAGGAUGCUGUUGUUGCCAAUGGUAUCACCAAUGUGCAGUUUACGGCGACGAGUAUUGCGCAGGUCAGACUUGCGAUUACGCAGCCUGCUGGUAAGAGGACGCGUUUGGUGGAGGUUAAAUACUUUUGA